ACAUUGUCGAUAUCAAGCCGGCCAACAUGGAGGAUCUGACCGAAGUCAUCACAGCCUCUGAGUUCCACCCCCACCACUGCAAUCUCUUCGUCUACAGCAGCAGCAAAGGAUCUCUCCGGCUCUGUGACAUGAGGGCGUCCGCUCUCUGCGACAAACAUUCCAAACUUUAUGAAGAACCAGAAGACCCGUGCAGCCGAUCCUUUUUCUCCGAAAUUAUUUCUUCUGUGUCAGAUGUCAAAUUCAGCCACAGUGGCCGAUAUAUGUUAGCAAGAGAUUACCUCACUGUCAAAGUUUGGGAUCUGAAUAUGGAAACGAGGCCUGUAGAGACGUACCAGGUCCACGACUACCUUCGAAGCAAGCUGUGUUCACUUUAUGAGAACGACUGCAUCUUUGACAAGUUUGAAUGUGCAUGGAAUGGGUCUGACAGCGUUAUCAUGACAGGGGCCUACAACAACUUCUUCCGAAUGUUUGACCGGAACACCAAGCGUGAUGUUACUCUGGAGGCCUCGCGUGAAAGCAGCAAGCCCAGGGCCGUUCUCAAGCCCCGCCGGGUGUGCGUGGGAGGCAAGCGGAGGAAAGACGACAUCAGCGUCGACAGUUUGGACUUUACCAAGAAGAUCCUGCACACAGCAUGGCACCCGACGGAGAACAUUAUUGCUAUUGCAGCCACAAACAAUCUGUAUAUAUUCCAAGAUAAAAUGAACUCUGACAUGCACUAGGGACAUGCCUCUGCGAGAAAGGAGCCUUGGGAGUGUUGACGGGUGGGGUGUGGUCACCACUUGAACCCUUUCCUUGGAAGUAAAUGCCACCGAAACAGGUGGGAUUUACUCUCAGAUAGAUCAAGGCGUGACUGGGACGGAGUCCCCCCGUCGGUGGCCAGCUUGCCUGUAUAAUGAACGAGCAAAUGUUUUAAUUCACUGCAGUUAUGAUGGCAAAAGGGCACCACUGCAGAU